ACCUACAUGGCUAGUGUGCACUUUUAUAGUACCAGUUUUAGGUUAAAUAAAAUUUAAAUAAUACAUGUGUCUAUAUCUCUCUCUUGGCACUUGUUACUGCCACCUACUGUUCAGAAAGAGUUUUGUUUCUUCGCGUCUUUACGUCAGAUCUGCGUAGCCAAUGGGAAUCAAGCAAAGGAUUUCCUUAACCAAUCAAAAUGCUCUGCUGGAUUUAAAGGUUUUGAACGGAGGUUUGUUUAAAAUUGAAAAAAGCACCUGAGGAGUGAGGGCUUACUUUAGAUCAAGGCGAUCGACAUCCUUUAUUUACUCUGAUUUCUACCACAUUUAGAUGCAUUUUAUUGGAAACCGUCUCCUGGAUUCUUAUUCAUCGUAGUUUUAUUGCUGGCUUACAAUAGCAUGUGGUUUUAGCACAAGUAAUCAGGAGUCGACGUUGCUAAAGGUUAGCUAGUCAGCUAAACUAAUACCAAUAACGCAACAAGAUCGGGACACACUAAAACUAAAAAAACACUUGGAAGCACCACCCUAGGCAAUGGAUUCUUCCGCAAGGGUCAAAAUGUCUAAGGAAGGCAAGCCACUAAGGCCCGAAGCAAAGACAAAGUUUGAUGGACCAAUGCGUGUUCCAGUAUCACAACAUUCGCAAAUGCCUCAGCGUGUCAUGGGUAGUUCAAAUGGACCCCUGAGACUGCAGCGACCAGUCACACAUCAAAAACCUAUUGUACAUCCCAUGCCACUGCAAAAGACCAGCUCGCAACCAAACCCACCAAAAGUGCAAGAGACAAAAAUGAAGAUGGAGCCGCAAAACACUGUAUCUGAGCCUCCGAAGACUGAGAAGACUCAGAAUAAACCAACAAAGGGAUCACAAAAGCCAUGGAGGCUAGAGAACUUUGAGAUUGGGCGACCUCUUGGAAAGGGAAAGUUUGGCAAUGUCUACCUAGCCAGAGAACGACAAAGCAUGUUCAUCUUGGCUUUGAAAGUACUAUUUAAGAAGCAGCUUGAGAAGGCUGGUGUAGAGCAUCAGCUGAGGAGAGAAGUGGAGAUACAGUCUCAUCUGAGACAUCCCAAUAUACUCCGUCUUUUUGGCUACUUCCAUGAUGCCUCUCGUGUGUACCUUAUUCUUGAGUUUGCUCCCAAAGGACAGGUAUAUAGUGAGCUGCAACGAUGUGGAAGGUUUUCUGAAGAUCGAAGUGCCACUUACAUCAUGGAACUGGCAGAUGCCCUGCAAUAUUGCCACUCAAAGAAUGUAAUUCAUCGAGAUAUCAAACCAGAAAACUUGCUGUUGGGUGCCAAUGGAGAACUGAAAAUUGCUGACUUUGGCUGGUCUGUUCAUGCUCCUUCUGCAAGGAGAUCGACUCUAUGCGGGACUCUAGAUUACCUGCCUCCUGAAAUGAUUGAAGGGAAACCUCAUGACCAAAAUGUUGACCUGUGGAGUCUGGGUGUCCUUUGUUAUGAAUUUCUCAUUGGACAUCCUCCUUUUGAGGCAAAAACUCAUGAGGAUACUUAUCGUAGGAUAUCAAGGGUGGAAUACACAUACCCUCCUCAGUACAACAUCAGUGCUGAAGCAAAAGACCUGGUUGCCAAACUACUGAAACACAACCCUUUGCACAGAUUGCCCAUCCAGGAAGUUUUGACUCACCCAUGGGUUGUUGAAAAUUCUACCAAGACUACCACUUUAAAUCAAGACUCUUCCAGUCAGUGAACAACUCCUCAGUCUUCAGAUGCAUGGUGAAAGACUAGGGGGGUGGAGGAAAAAAUGACUAUUUACUUUGUUAAUUCCAUAUAAUGUGCACCUGGUUUGGUUUGUUUCCAUUUUCGAACAUUUCCAUUCUUUUGUCUGUGUAAAUAUAUUCUUGAAUUUUAAUUAUGAAUCUUUAAAUUUAGAUUAUUUUAAUGUACAGGUGCCUGGCCAGGUGUCACAAGCCUCUAAAAUGUCAUGUUUUGUGCCCUGAUUUGUAGCCAUAAACUACAAGUAACACUUGCAGUGUUACAAUGGAAUAUUUUCCAUAUUAUGAAAGACAUUUGUAUUCACAUCCAGUUUAUAUGGGUUUCUUGCUAGCGGUCAUGGCAGCUUCUAAUACUUGAAUAAAAAUUUGAACAGAAUGUUUGACUGAUCAGUGCAAUGUACAUUUUACAGUUUCAGUGCGUGUCUAAAUUUCUUUUCAAAUCUAAUGUUCAGGCUCUAUAGAAGUGUAGGUACCACCAGAUGCUAUAACCUACUGUGCAUUUGCACUGGCUAUUUUUAAAAAUCCUCACCACCUACUAAUGUGAUCCAUCAGAAUGACCUUUGGUGUGAGCGAAGUCCCCAUACCCCACGUGCAGAUUGUAGACAAUUACUGUACAGCAGCAAUUCUAAACUGCAGGUUGGAGACCCUCACUUAGAUUAAUAUUUGAGUUUGUAAACCCUUGAUGUAAUUCCCGCAAUGACCACUAGGUGACACUGUUUAUACAAGCUAUUUGUAGACUAAUUGAUUUGACUGUUCAUUCUGUUUUAUAUAUUUAAUAAAAUCGGUAUGGCUGCCUGCCUGGA